AUGGCUGCCCCCGGCUGGCGGGGUAUUGGGCUUGUUCGAGGAGUGUUAGGGAUCUGGGAGCUGGGCCCUCACACCACGAGGGAGUGGGUGGCCUCGCUCCCCUCAUUCUUAGACUGUCAACGGAGGUGCGUGUCCUGUGUCUCGGGCACCGCUUUUUCUGGCCCCCUCUUAGCCUCGGCUUCUCGCAGUUAUGGCCAGGGCUCAGCCCUGGACCGCUUCCUCGGAUUCACUCAGUCCGACAGUUUGCUGACUCCUCGCGCCCCCGCCGUGGCUAUGCACAGAGAUGAGCAGGAUCUCCUCUUGGUCCAUCGCCCUGACAUGCCUGAGAAUCCCCGGGUGCUACGAGCAGUCGUCUUGGGAGCCCCGAAUGCAGGAAAGUCAACACUCUCCAACCAGCUGCUAGGCCGAAAAGUGUUCCCUGUCUCCAAGAAGGUGCACACCACUCGCUGCCAAGCUCUGGGGGUCAUCACAGAGAAAGAGGCUCAGGUGAUUCUACUUGACACACCUGGCGUCAUCAGUCCUGUUAAAAAGAAGAGGCACCAUCUGGAGUCCUCUUUGUUGGAAGAUCCAUGGAAGAGCAUGGAAUCUGCUGAUCUUGUUGUGGUUCUUGUGGAUGUCUCAGACAAGUGGACUCGGAACAAGCUAAGCCCCCAGGUGCUCCAGUGCUUGACCCAGUUCUCCCAGGUCCCCAGCAUCCUUGUCAUGAACAAAGUAGAUUGCCUGAAACAGAAAUCAGUUCUUCUGGAGCUCACUGCAGCCCUCACUGAAGGUGUGGUCAAUGGCAAGAAGCUCAAGAUGAGGCAGGCCUUCCGCUCAUGCCCCAACACUCCUUGCCCUAGCCCAGAAGCUAAGGGCCCAGACACACAGUCUGUGGAAAGCCGUCAGAGGAUUGGUUGGCCCCACUUCCAGGAGAUCUUCAUGUUGUCAGCCCUAAGCCAGGAGGAUGUGAAGAUACUAAAGCAAUACCUCCUGGCGCAGGCCCGGCCAGGGCCCUGGGAGUUCCACAGUGAGGUCCUCACUACCCAGACACCUGAAGAGAUUUGCGCCAAUAUCAUCCGAGAGAAGCUUCUAGAGCACCUGCCCCAAGAGGUGCCCUACAGUGUGCAGCAGAAAACGAUGGUGUGGGAGGAAGGACCAAGCGGUGAGCUGGUGAUCCAACAGAAGCUUCUGGUGCCCAAAGAAUCUCAUGUGAAGAUGCUGAUUGGUAAGAAGGGGCACCUGAUCUCCCAGAUUGCACAGGAGGUGGGCCGUGACCUCAUGGACAUCUUCCUCUGUGACGUCCAGAUCCGCCUCUCUGUGAACCUCCUCAAGUGAUCACUCUCUACUGCCCCUCCCAAGGCAUCCCAGCUCAAGCUUCUUGCAGGAGUCACUGACCAGAAGUGCUCCUGCCUGGGGGCCUAUGGGGACUGGUGAGGAAUAUGGACACUUAACAGGCUGGUGGCUGGGCUGGCCUGGCCUUGCUGAAUCUUCACAGUCCCUGCCCAGCUCUGUUUCCUAUUGGAGGAAGGAAACUGACUUUGCCCAGUUCCCAAGUAGUUUAUCUGCCUGGGGCCACAGCUACUUAGGUCUCAGAAGUUGGCCCCUUGGUGGGAGCAGUGCCACACUGCCUCCAGCUGGCAUUGGGCCCACAGUUUCCCUCUGAGUUGCCUUUAUUAGCUGGGAUGAGCUCUUUCUCAUCUCCCCCCCAGUUCUUCCACCUUGAAACUGUGUAAGGACCCGUGUUACCUGAGUGAAAUAGGCCUCCCACCUGCUCCCAAAUCUUUCAUCCCUCCACCCUUUCUGUCUCCCCAGUCUCCGAUGCUAAUAAAGUUAAA